GGUUGGAAAAAGCGUGAAGAACUCCAAGGAAAACAUGUCCAAUCCACCUGUUGUCUAUCUCACUCGCAAAGAGAAGUUCUCAGCCUGUCAUCGACUCCACAGUCGCCAUCUCAGCGCAGAGGAGAACGUCCGAGUGUACGGAAAGUGCAAUAAUCCCAAUGGACACGGACACAAUUACACUGUGGAGGUCACAGUUUGCGGUCCUCUGACCCAUGCCACCGGGAUGGUGAUGAAUAUCAGUGAUCUGAAGGCGCACAUGGAUGUGGUGAUAAUGCAGAGGCUGGACCACAAGAAUCUCGACAAGGAUCUCGAUGCAUUCAAGGACAUUCCCAGCACCACGGAAAACGUGGCGGUGUUCAUCUGGAAGGGACUGAAGGAAGUCCUGCCGGAGCCGAAUUUGCUGCACGAGGUGCGAAUUGAGGAGACAGACAAGAACUCUGUGAUCUAUCGUGGUGAAUAA